GAAGGAAGAGAGCCCGCGCCGCCGGAAGUUGCAGCGCCAUUCCGAGUGCCGGGACUGUGGCGGGACAGCCGAGGACCCGCCAUGGAGCAGCCUGAGCUGGAGGCUAUCUCUGAUGACGCCAUGGACUCGUUCUUGGAAAAGUUCCAGAACCAGCCUUACCGAGGAGGCUUCAACGAGGACCAGUGGGAGGAGGAAUUCGAAAAGAUCCCUCUAUUUAUGAAGAAAGCGCCAUCAGAUAUUGAUCCCGAGGAGAAUCCUGACUUGGCUUGCCUCCAGUCAAUUAUUUUUGAUGACGAGCGAUCUCCAGAAGAACAGGCCAAGACCUAUAAAGAUGAGGGCAAUGAUUACUUUAAAGAAAAAGACUAUAAAAAAGCUGUGAUUUCAUACAGUGAAGGCUUAAAGAAGAAAUGUGGAGAUGCUGAUUUGAAUGCUGUUCUUUAUACCAACCGGGCAGCAGCACAGUACUAUCUGGGCAAUUUUCGUUCUGCUCUCAAUGAUGUGACAGCUGCUAGAAAGCUAAAACCCUGCCACCUCAAAGCAAUAAUAAGAGGUGCCUUAUGCCAUCUGGAACUGAAAAACUUUGCCGAGGCUCUGAACUGGUGUGAUGAGGGGCUGCAGAUAGAUGCGAAAGAAAAGAAACUUCAGGAAAUGAGGGCUAAAGCAGACAAACUGAAGCGAACUGAACAGAGGGAUAUAAGGAAAGCAAAGUUGAAAGAAAAGAAGGAGCAGAAUCAGAAUAAGGCUUUACUCCAGGCCAUCAAGGAUAGGAACAUCAGGCUAGUUUCUGAAGCUGCCAGUGAGGAUGAAGAUUCAGCCUCAGAAGAUCUAGGUGAACUUUUUCUGGAUGGGCUCAGCUCAGAGAACCCCUAUGGAGCUAGGCUGAGUGUAGAUGACCAGGGCAGAUUGAGCUGGCCUGUGCUCUUACUAUAUCCAGAGUAUGCCCAGUCGGACUUCAUCUCCACUUUUCAUGAAGACUCCAGGUUUAUUGAUCAUCUAAUGGUAAUGUUUGGUGAAAUGCCCUCUUGGGACUUAGAGCAAAAAUACUGCCCUGAUAAUUUAGAGGUCUACUUUGAAGAUGAGGACAGGGCAGAACUGUACCGGGUGCCUCCCAAGAGCACCCUGCUGCAGGUGCUGCAGCACCCUAGGUACUUUGUAAAAGCCCUGACACCAACAUUUUUGGUCUGUGUAGGAUCCUCUCCUUUUUGCAGAAAUUAUCUCCAGGGGAGAAAGGUGCACCAGGUGAAGUGACUGAGCCAGGCUCUGGGAGCCAGGCUUGCUGGAUCUCCUCCCUCAUUCUCCUGUCUGGAAUCCAGUAUACUUCAGUCUGUUGGACAUACUUCUAGACUGUCUAGUUGGACACACUAUCUGUCACCCUGGGGACAGUCCUUCCUCACAUUAUGGUGGGAGAGGAGCUGCUGACUUCCCUGAAUUGCAGCCUCUCUGGUCAGAGUGCUGAGCCCCAACCGGUCUUCAUCCUCUGUUGAUAGAAAACUCUACGCCUUGGUCAGGACAUCCUUGGACUCACUGUGAUCCAUGUUAACCACCAGCCUCCAUCUCUAAAUGGACCAUCUGUUGCAGUUAACCAUAGCAACUGACCCAAGGAACUCACUGGACUGACUCAGGAUCUAGUGACCUGGUUCUGAAGCUUUUUGGAGUUGGAGGCCUCAGAGAAGCUACCCCUCCAACUGCACAUAUACAAACCAUGCAUGUAAUUUGAAGGCAUUAAAGCUGAGCGACUCCAGCCUCUAGUUAUUUCAUGAGCACAGAGGGUUGCUCUGUGAGGUGCUGUAGAUGCCUUGGUGUGUGAUGGGGCCAGGAAAGCAGGGUCCUAUUUCUCCAUUUAUAGAGACCUGAAAUCUCGGAUCCCCUUGAACCCCUAAAAAAUUUGCUAAUUUUUCUGAUCUUUGCAAUAUGGAGGAUUGUGACACACUUGGACAGUGUGGAUUCUGCAUUCCUCCCCAGUUUUCACAUUUCAGGAUUUUGUGCCUUUUAAACUGGAGUCUUUUUGCACAUUGACUUAUUGUCAUAGAUUGUAUUUUUGUCUGCAGCUAUUUGCUUCCUUUUUCCUAGAGGGUUUUAUAUAUUCUUACCUAUAGCCAUGUGACUUCCUGCAGUGCCCACCACAUCCCUCUGGGAGUUGUGUGCCUUCCUGAAGAGCCAUUGCAUGUUAGGUUCAUGCUCUUUUCCCUCUGCUAUGAGAAACUUUCCCAGAUUGUGGCUCUUCCUUCAGCCUGGGUGCCAGAAGGGUAAGACAUGUGGAGCAGAGCUGCAGCAGCUGGCCUGCAGCCACUGAUUGUAACACAAAUGAGAAAUGAAUGUUUGUUGCUGUAAUCAUCAGGGGUUAUGUGGUGGUUGUUACUCUAGCAAAGCUAACUAAUACAGCAUUAAACUGAAACCAGCUGCUGUCCUUAA